UCCAAGUCCAACAUAUAAUUGUACUAUACUAUUAUUCUUGUUUCUGGAGACUUCUUGCGGCCUUAAACGUCGUAUGUAUCAUGUACAUAAUCCCAGGCUCACUUCCCUACGGAAACAUUCCAACGUGCCGUGUUUUUCUCUACAAUCACCAACAUGUAUCGCCUUAUAACGAUUCCAUCAACAAUCGUAAGAAUCCAAUAACCACACCAGGGGUUAAUUGGCUUUCAUCUUUUCUCCUGUUUAAGCUAACAAUUAAUUUGUCGCCAACAGAAAAAGAAACAGUUUCAGUAGAUUCUUGUAGCUUCAUAUUGAAUCUUGUUGUUUAAGGGUUUGGAGAAUGGAUGGUAAUGGAGAAAAAAACAUCGAUUUUUAUCAAGUUUUGGGGUUGAAGAAGGAAUGCACGAUAACAGAGCUCAAGAACGCCUACAAAAAGCUUGCACUGAGAUGGCAUCCUGAUCGCUGUUCGGCAUCCGGUAAUUCAAAGUAUGUGGAAGAAGCGAAAAAAAAAUUUCAGGCAAUUCAAGAAGCUUAUUCUGUACUUUCGGACGAGAACAAAAGAUUUCUGUAUGAUGUCGGAAUUCAUGACAGCGACGAUGACACAGAUGGAAUGGCAGAUUUCUUGAGUGAAAUGGCAACAAUGAUGAAUCAAAACAAACCCAAUGACAAUGUGGAGACGAGCUUUGAGGAGAUAAAGGAUUUGUUCAAAGAGAUGUUUCAAAGUGACAUCGAGUCAUUUGGUUUGUCUUCUGAAACAAAAAGCUUCACCUCCAUUAACAAACGAAGUUCCUCUGAGAUGUCAUCUUCCAUCGUUGAAGACUGUUCAAAUUUCAAAAUGAGUGUACAAGGAUUUUGCUUAGGGACAGAUGAACACCAUGGAAGAUACAAAGAGAGGAGAAAGGCGAGGCACUAAGCAUGGUCCCAAACACAGACCUCAUCGAAAUGGGGUCUCUUAAAACUUGUGAAUUUGGCAGUUGUGUAUUUUCCUCGUGUCUGGUUUCUAUGUAUUAGUAAAUGGACUCAAUUAUUCAGUUUAGAUUUCUGAUCGAAAUGUCUCGAUUUUCAAAGUCAGUUUGUUGUGAAAGGGUCAAAAUCAAGAUUAGAAUGUGGGUGGCAGUGGCAUCCAUGAGGAUACCAGCUGUCUUAGGUGAAUGCUUUGGGUCCCAUAUAACUUGUUCAACCUUAAUGGAAAUGAUUUGUCAGAUCCACAACUUUCCUGAUCAUCACGGCAUGAUGAUUUUAAAUGAUGUGAGAGAAGCGUGGGUGGGAGAGUAGUAGUAGAGGUUAGCCCUUAAGCAUUAGGCUAAUUGGGGAGGAGUUAUAUAAGUUUAAGCGUUAAUGGUAGUACCAUGAAAUCGAUUAAACUUGAUUAUUUACUGACUUGGGUAUAAGGGCU